AUGGAAAAGGCCGAAUUUAUCAAAGGAUUCUACUUUAUUCAAAGAACAAUUGAGAGUAGAAAAUAUAUUUUAGAAUCAGGGGAUCAAGAAACAUUUGAGAAUAGAGCGGCAAAAAGUGGACUUGAAACAUAUAUUAUUAAUGAAUUAAGAAUGACAUGGAAAAAUAAUCGAUAUAAUUAUUUAACAAAAGCAUUAAUUACAAAGACUGAGAAAUUAUAUUUACCAAAUGAAGAACAUCCAUUAUAUAAAUCAUUUAUAGAAUUUUUAAAGAAUACAUACAAAAGAGGAGUAGAUAGAUUUAAGACAUUUAUUUGUGUAGGAAGUACAUAUAUAGGAAAAAGUGUAUUUUUUACAAAGUUUAUUGUUCCAGAUAAAUAUUACAUUUAUCAUUCAAAUAAUCUUGAAUAUAGUAAAAUGUCAAAUCAACCAGGAAAAAUAUUUAGAAUUUUAGACGAUAUUAAUUGGAGUGAAGUGAAAAGUACCGAAUUAAAAGCAUUAAUGAAUAGAAAUAUCUCAAGUGUUGAUAUUAAAUAUGGAUAUGAAUACAUCUUUCCAUUAAUUCCAAUUAUUAUAGUCAAUAAAGAAGAUUAUAUUAAUUUUCAGAGACAUUUUAGUGAUAUUUGGAAAUUUAUUGAAAGAAAUGCCAUUAUUUAUCCAGAACAGAAAGAAGAAUGCAUAGAAGAAGAAAGACCAUUAUUCACACAAAAAGAAGUCAAAGGAGAAUAUAAAUAUUUAUUUGACACAAUUAUUCCAGUUAAUGAAUUAAAAGAAUGUAAUACAAUCAAUAUUAACGAAUGGAUUAAAAAGGAAUUAAAUGAAAAACAAGGAUAUAUCUAUGAUAUUCAGAAAUAUAUUCAAUUACCUACUGAAAAAGAAAUUAAUCUUCCAAAUCCAGAACGACAGAAGAGAAAGAUUUUAGAUGAUUAUGAGGAGUAUUUAAUGAGAAAAAAGAAAGAAAUCAUUGAAUCAGAAAUUCAAAGAGGUUCAACAAAACGAAAAAGAGUUGAUGAUGAUGAGUAUGAAGAUGAGAAUAAAUAUGAGAAAGAGAGAGACUAUGAAGAUGAGAGUUAUGAAGAUGAAAAAGAAUAUGAAGAUGAGGAUAUAUUAGAAAAUGAGAAUGAAAUUGAAUAUAGUAUUACUGAUUCAGAAAAUGAAUAUUCAAGAGAGGAUAAAGAAGAAGAAAGUGAUGAUGAGACAGAAGAAGUUGAGAAAGGAUUUAUUGAAUUAUAA